UCUGUUUCCUGGCUGGUAUGGGGCGGGUCUAUAAAAAAUAUUGGAAAGAAACUGAGUUGUUCAAAUAUCUGAAUUAUUUCUUCGAUUUGGGGAAAGCUGUAUCUUGCAAGAAAUCAGCCGGAAGUGUCCGUUCCUGGCCGCUCAUAGGUACGAUGCUGCCUUUGACCAAUUAGAUUGACUUUGCCAUCAGUGUGAGUUCCUGGCUUGAGAUACAACUAGCACAUUCUGAUCCCUGGGAACUGCAAUCCAGAGCUUGGAGCGGAGGGUGUAGUCUACGGGGAACAAACAUACAGCAGGUCAUGAGAAAGAUUAAAAAGCACACAUUGUUUUCAACUGCAACUAGAGAAUUCUAAGCAAGGACUGGCAAAUGAGAUUCUUAUCUUGCUGCUGAUCUGUAGAACUGUUGAUGGUAGCUAAACCAACCACAAAGUAAUUUAUGGUACUGGCCUUUGGAUCUGGUUUAAACAAUAUCUGAAAUUGAAGGGGCAAAAUGAGUCCGGUACUGCAGACACCUAACCCAGGCCAUUACUGCAGAUCUUUUGGACAAGAACAUUCUCACAUGGGUCCAGUGAGGAGUCCUUUUGCAUGGAGAAAAGUUUUGUAUGAUCGCCAGCCAUUCCCUGAUAAUUAUGUUGAUGAGAGUUUCUUGGAGGAGAUGAGGAAGAAUAUCUAUGUACGCAAUUAUUACUAUUGGGCAGUAGUUUUUGAAUCGGGGGUAGUAAUUCAACAACUAUGCAGUGUUUGUGUAUUUGUUGUUAUUUGGUGGUAUAUGGAUCAGGAUAUGCUGUCUCCACAGAGACUGUGCGGUUUUGGACUGUUGGUCACUCUACUUGGAUACAUAUUGUUUGAUGCAGUAGAUCAUGGUGAAGGCAGGAGGACUAGUGGGCGAAGCCGCUGGGCGGACUUGAAGAGUGCUCUGGUGUUUGGUGCUUUUACUUAUGGUUUUUCUCCAGUGCUUAAAACAUUAACAGAAUCAAUCAGUACAGACACAAUAUAUGCCAUGUCUGUACUUAUGCUUCUAGGACACCUUGUCUUCUUUGAUUAUGGAGCCAAUGCAGCUGUAGUUUCAAGUACCCUUUCCAUAAAUAUGGCCAUCUUUGCUUCAGUUUGCCUUGCCUCCCGUCUACCACGAUCACUUCAUGCUUUUGCCAUGGUGACCUUUGCCAUCCAGAUUUUUGCUCUUUGGCCAAGCCUACAAAAAAAACUUAGGGCCUACACACCAGGAGCCUACUUAGUGAUCACAUUCCUGUUUGCUAUCUUUGCUGUCAUGUGGCUUAUGUUCAUUUCAUCAGUGGGGGCACUAUUGUUUUCCUUGCUACUCUUCUCUGUAUCAUUUGUCUCUCCAUACUAUCUUAUCAGACUACAGCUCUUUAAAGAUAACAUCCAUGGGCCCUGGGAUGAAGCAGAAAUCAAAGAAGAUUUGUCUCGUUUCCUUAAUUAGCAGGGGGAGCUCUGAAAAUGUAUAUUGUUUUUGCUCUGUUUAAUUUGAAUGAACAUAUAAAAAAAAAAAAAAAAGAAUCUGCUCUAUACUGGGGUGUUUGCUUCUUAGGAUAUAAAGUUUUCUUCCCUUUUCCUGCUACAGCCAUGACAUGUUCAUAUAAGCUCAACCUAUGAGCAGCAGUUCAGAGCUUAUUGCAGAUGCAAUCAAGAGGACAGGGAAAGGAGGUAAACUUUAUAACCUUUAUUUGUAUCUAAUUUAUUUACUGAAAAAAAAUAUUAUGGGGUUUUAUUGUUGUGUUAUUAAAUUUUGGUUUUACAGGGCUUUAUUUUGUUUUAAUGUGAUGAGGGUUGUAAGUAUUUUUUUAAUUACCAGGAAAUCUUUCAAAUUGUAGAGAAUUAUUAUAAUAAAGGUUUUAAAUAAAAAUGUGAUAUUGCAUCUACCACUAAAA